ACGUAAGGAACGCUCAUCGGUCCGCAGAUACCAGCAGUCACACUCACAACGGGAAUGGAAGCGGGAGAGAAACGGGAGUCUCGCUCGUCUCGUCAUCAUCAAAAAUAAGCAGUCGGCACUGGCUGUGACACCCCGAUCUAUUUCUAAAAGGAUUCGGGAUUUCGAUCGCUGGAUUUGCGCGCAACACGUCGGCGUCUUUUCUCCAUUGUUACGGUUUCCUUCGGAAAAGACACAAGCCGCAGAGCCGUCGGCUUGGUUUGCGACAAUUGAUUGAGGGCCUUUUCCAUUCAGAAAUCGGCUUGGCACUGCCGCAGAAAGAUGGAGCAGUUUUCAGAUGAUGAACUGGAUCAUGCAGCAGAGGAGGACAGCGAUAAAGAGGACCAGGACCUGGACAAAAUGUUUGGAGCAUGGCUUGGAGAGCUGGACAAACUAACAAAGAGUCUGGAUGAUGGGAGACCAGAGAAGGUACAAAAAGCCCCUCUCAGACAAGAGACAAACAGGGGUAACAUGGCCUACCGCUUCUCUGUUUAUAACAUCAAUGAGGCUCUGAAUCAGGGUGAGGCAGUGGAUCUAGAUGCUCUGAUGGAAGACCUGUGCUCCAUCGAGCAGGAGCUCAGCACCAUUGGUAAGCCCAGCAGCGGUUCCUCUCGUCUCGGCCCGUCCGGGGACCCCAAAGUGCGUCAGAAACCGCCGGCAGGCCGCAGUCACAGCACUAAACACACGGGUGGCAGCAGCAGCAGUGGAGGGGCAAGCAGCAGUGGAGGCAGCACCAGCAGCAGCACCCGCGCCUCGCCCGCUUCUACAGUUAGGGUGACCAGCACCAGUAGCAGACCCCCACUGGCAUCCAACUUCUCUCUGGAUGACAUCACUGCCCAGCUGGAGAAAGCCUCCCAGAGCAUGGACGAAGCAGCACGGCAGAGCUCCACAUCUUCCAGCUCUACGCACUCAGCGGGGUAUGCUUCCUCAACUGUGCGGCGGCCGACCUCCCAUCAUCAUCAUCAUCGCAGGACAGGGUCUGUGGGUACAGUCACCGAACAUGAGGUGCGGUCCUUUGUCCAUUCCUCUCGCUCUAGCAUUAACUCGGCCUCUGCGUCCAGCAUGGACUCACUGGACAUUGAGAAACCCAAGGAUCAGGAUGGCUUACAGGAUGGACAGGACCAACAGAGUUCAGAGCACUCGUAUCUGGACAGGGAGACCUCUCUCAUUCUGAAAAGCAUUGCAGGAAAGCCCUUUCACUUGCUGACCAAGGAGGAACAAGCUGCCAAACAAAAAGCUGAGAAGAUUCGAGUGGCUCUGGAGAAGAUAAAGGAAGCACAGGUUAAAAAGUUGGUAAUCCGAGUGCACCUAUCGGAUGAGAGCUCGAAGACUGUAAUGGUGGACGAGAGACAGACAGUGCGUCAAGUACUGGACAGCCUGCUGGACAAAUCCCACUGCGGUUACAGUCUGGACUGGUCUCUGGUUGAAGUCAUCACUGAACUCCAGAUGGAGAGAAUCUUUGAGGAUCAUGAAAACCUGGUGGAGAACUUACUGAACUGGACCAGGGACAGCACCAACAGACUGAUGUUCAUCGAACGCAUUGAGAAAUAUGCUCUUUUCAAGAACCCUCAGAACUAUUUGCUGGGGCGGAAGGAGACGUGUGAGAUGGCAGACAGAAAUAAAGAGGCUCUUCUGGAGGAGUGUUUUUGUGGUAGCUCUAUCAGUGUGCCUGAGAUGGAAGGGGUACUCUGGCUCAAAGAUGAUGGCAAAAAAUCCUGGAAGAAGCGCUACUUCCUGUUACGAGCCUCUGGAAUAUAUUAUGUGCCAAAGGGGAAAGCCAAGGCCUCUAGAGACCUGGUUUGCUUCCUGCAGCUGGAUCAUGUGAAUGUGUACUCGGGUCAGGACUAUCGCAGCAAGUAUAAAGCACCGACUGACUACUGCAUGGUCCUGAAGCACCCUCAGAUUCAGAAGAAAUCGCAGUACAUCAAGUACCUGUGCUGUGAUGAUGUCAGAACACUGCAUCAAUGGGUCAACGGAAUACGCAUUGCCAAGUAUGGGAAGCAGCUGUAUGUGAACUACCAGGAGGCUAUGAGGCGCACAGAGGCUGCUCAUGACUGGUCCUCCCUGUCAAGCUCAAGUAUCAAGUCUGGUUCCAGCUCCUCCAGUCUGCCAGAAUCUCAAUCCAACCACUCCAGCCAAUCAGACAGUGGUGUAUCAGAGACCACAUCCUCCGGUCAUGUGCGUUCUCAGAGUGUGGUCAGCUCCAUCUUUUCUGAGGCCUGGAAGAAAGGCAAUCAGUCAGAUGACACCAAGAUGAGAAUGGAUUCUGCCCCACCAACACAGCCUGCUAGAGCUUCUUACCCUCUACAGCUUCCCCAACUGCCCCAGAUGCCGCUGUCUACCCAGUCCCGUAGCAGCUACUCUGGUGUGUCCCCAGUGUCCUCCCCCUUGCCUCCAUCUCCACCACCACCGCCUCCACCACCGCCGCCUCUCCCCAACCCCACCCACCACUCCACCCCAGUUAUAUUUACAAAAUGCAGUACCAUCGCUAGGCUGCAAAACAUCUCCCAGGGACCAAAUCAAAACAAACAGACCCCCUUUUUGGCAGCACAGCAGCAACAACCUAUGCCACCUACCCCACCUCCACAGUGUCUCAAACCUGUGAUAAAUAGUAUGGCAGAACAUGCCAUCAGUUCUACUCCACCCCCACCACCCCCUCCUCCUCCAGAGAUACCAGUGCUAGGGUCAGCCAUGGCGGUGUUGAAGCACACUCCCGUCAGCCCCCAGUAUGCUCCACCUCCCGAAGAAGACCAGCUGCCAGUCCCAGCUCACCUACACAGUAAUGGCAUCUUACCUCCACCACCACCCCCGGAGCAGUUAAAAUACCCACCUCCCCUCAGCACCAAUGGGCUCCAGCAGUUCUUAGCCCUGAAGUUCCCUAAUAUGACCUAUGACUUUUCACCUGUCCAGCCAGAUGACGAGCUUCCACCGCUUCCUCCGCCUCCUCUACCAUCACAGCCUCCAGUGUGUUUCUCUCCAUCUCCUCAGCAGUCAGCAGGUCCUCCACCUGCCCCACCUAAAACAUUCUCUGUUGGGUUUCCUCUACAAACUGCUCUAAAACCUGGCCACAGCAUUUCCCCUGUUUCCCCUGUGCCACCACCUCUGUCUCCAACCCCUCCAGCCACCAUGAGGAAACAGCAUAGCCUCUCCAGUGGCCACAGUCCCAAUCAACCUCCACCCACACUUCCUAAGCAAUAUAGCCUUUCUUCCAAAGCUCCACCUUUAUCUGCCCCCAUCUCUCCAACCCAGUCGCUUGUAAAGCAGAUUGUAAACCAAUUCCCUGACACCCCUGAUGGAUCCAAAGGUUCCAUAUCUCCUCCUGUGGUAAAAACCAAACCAAAAUGGCAGCCAGGUGGGCAGCCACAAUCACCGGAAUUUCCUCCACCUCCACCAGAGAGUAGUCUUGAUUUCCCUCCACCUCCUGCUCCAAGCCCACCUCCUGCCCUUUCUGGCAAGAUGGGAUCACCAAUCAAGAAAUCCCCAUCAACAUCAUCAAAUUCCUCUACUGGUUCAGGUGGGAAGAAGCCCCCUCCAACCCCACAUCGCAACUCCAGCAUGAAGUCGAACUCUUCCAUUGAGUACCAGGAGUCGAAGAAAGUGGAGGAUCUGGUGAGCAUGUUUGCUCAAACUAGUCAAGCCUCACCCAACUCCUUCUCAACUCCAUCUUCUACUACAGGAUCACCUUCCAAGGACUCUUCUGCAGGACCUCGGGCUGCAAAACCAGGCAAGAUUAACUUGGCUAAUCUGCCUUUGGCUCUCCAAGUGAAGCCAAGUCAGUAUUGCCAGCCAGGCUCAGACUUUCCCUCUCCGCCCCUGGAGUGUGAUUUCCCACCACCUCCUCCAGACUCAGAGCUCCUUCCUCCUCCACCUCUCCCAUCAGAACUGCACACUGGGGCUCCCAGAGUGGCCGUGGUGAACCCCCAACCUCAACACUCCUCCAGCACAUCCUCAUGGAAGCAGAGCUCCUUGAAGAAAACACCCCCUGCAGCUGUGCACCGCCGCAGCAGUGGCCCACCUGAGCCACAUGCUCUUUCUCCACCUCCACAACAGAUCCCUCUAUCUUCUUUUAAUUCUCAGAUCCCUCCAACUUCCCCUAAGGGCAAUGUGCCCAUCCAGUCCAACUUCCUGGAAGAUCUGAACAGGACUCUGAAGAGGAAGUCCAUGAAUCGGCAUGGCUCCCUUCCCUCUUCCCGAAUCUCAGCCAAGUUAGAGCCAGUAGCCACCAUGGACGAUAUGGCCCUCCCGCCCCCUCCUCCAGAGCUGCUGCUGGGCCAGCAGAAAAAGGGCGGCUACAUGGCCGCCAACAUCUCAGGCUAUGCAACAUUACGACGGGGACCUCCACCGGCUCCACCCAAACGGGACCAAAACACUAAACUGACAAGUGAGUGGUAGUUGGCACACAUGCCAAGUUCGGAUAUGCUUCUCUCCUUUUCCACUCCAUUUAUCUUCAACGGCUGAAACAUAAAUGCAUUAAAAUAAUACUCAUUUUAACCCCAGAUUAUAACCACAGUAUGAAAAAUCCAAACCAUCUAUUACAUAAGCUUCUCUGCGUGUUUGUGCUGCUUUGCUAUUAAAAGUGUAAGCAAAUAUACAAAAGCACUAAGAAAAAGAGACUGACAUUGUAAUUAUACAGUAGGUACUGCAUGGACUCUGCUGUGAGGAAAAGGGUAUAACGUGUAUGUAUACUAAAAUAUAUAUGUGAAACUCUGGGGUGGGAGGGAUGUUGUACCUUUUUUAUAUGAAAUUAUUUAAUACCUGAAAUAUAUUCUUAUUUUAAAGUUUAGUUUUGAAACCCUUGACUGUAAGCGUUAAACGUGAAUAGAAAAUCAGGGUUGUUGAACCAAUGCCAAUGUAUGAUUGUGUGUGUGUGUGUGUGUGUGUGUGUGCACGCGCGCACACAUUUUGUCUGAGUGAUUUGGUUGAUCCAGUCUCAGAAGAAAAAUGUGAGGGCCUGGUUAUAGUGCCACCCUUGCUCGUCAUUAAAUGUGUAAAUCCUGUAUGUGGGGAUUGCACUCAUGUAGCAUACAUUCUAAAUGAAGUAUUCUACCAAAUUGUCCAUAUUUAAUUUAAAUGGUUUAGAACCUUCCACAAAAAAAACAAAACAAAAAAAAACAAAAAACAAUUACCAUUUUUAUUGAUAAAUCUGUUCUGUUGUGUUGCUGUGCACCCUUACUUUUCAUGAAGAUGUUCAAAUGUUAGACGAAGAAUUAAAUGAGCCCAUUACCAGUUGAAUACAUCUCCGUGUGUAGCUGGGCUGUGUCUGGGAUGGGGUUUGCUCUGUCUGUGUUGGUUAUUUGCUAUCUGUCUGUACAUACAGCUGCAGUUCCUGACUUUAUCAACGUGCAUUAGCUCUGCUUGUGUGAAACACACUAGGAAGUUGUCAUUCUGCCUAUUUUGACCACUUGCUAUGCUCCCAUUACCUCUGUCUACACUCAGUGUUGUGUUAAAGUGUCACAUGUCUGGAACAUCCAUCUCAUGUCAUGGCAAUGCCAGAAAUGUACUGACUUAAAUCUUGCACGCAUGCUUCCACAGUAUGGUUGCACACUUUAUAGGGUUUUAGGAUCAUAGUCACAACAUAAAAUGGUGUCAUGUCAAGUUUACUUGACUUAAAAUGCAAAAAAUUCACUGUGCCUAUUGUCAUUGUCAUCCAUCUUUCAAACUUGAAUGCGUAGGUUGACCAAACAUUUACAUGUUGGUUUUGCAUCUCCAAAAAUCCUUUAUUUUUUUAAAUGCUGAGUGCAGAAAUGUAAGAACAAACAGAGCCCUCUUCUAGGAAGGAGUACAGAGCUAAUGGUGCUGCUUAAAGUCAGGAACCUUUUAGUUAAAUAAAUGGGAAAGUAACUGUCUGUUACAUUUAAAAUGAACAAUAUAAAUGUGUAAAUCGCAUCAUUUUGUCCAAGUUCUUAUUCUUUUGAAUUUACAUUAUCACACACUUAGUACAAUUGUAAGCUUCUUAUGACUUAUUCUGUGAUUUACAGUGAGUAACAUUUCCUGGUCCAUUAUUUUGAAGGUCAUGCCCCCUGUAGUACAUGCAUACAGUUUUAAAAUAGACCUUUUUUUAAUCUCUUAAGUUUAUGUGCUUGGGCAGUAUAAAAUAAUAUCCUGAUUGUGAACACAACUGUAACAGAAUAUACCUUUUGAGAACAUUGCUCAAGAGUUUACAGCUAUACCACAGCAAUUAAAUGAAAUGAAAAAUCAUUGUUUACCUCAGAAAAGUUUACAGUGGAGGAGUAAAAGCAGAAUUUUUAAAGUUGA